AUGCCUUCACAACGCGGACAACUACCUGCCAGCUGGACGGCGUACGAGAAUGGUGGAAGACAAGACUCGCACGAUUCCGGUCUCAGUCACAACAGAGUCUUGUUCGAUGAGGAGAGCGAGCAGCACCAUGAUCACUCCGAGGACGGGGAGAAUGGCCACAGCACGCAGGAAGAGAUGCGGAGACGAAGAUCGUCCAUGGCACUGCGAGUGGAAGCUUUGAGACAAGCUGGAGGUGUCAACUCCAUAGACAACUUUGCAAGAUCAUGGCAGCGAGCAGCAGGCUUCUACGAGGUGACACCAUUACGACCGAGCUUUAGAUACGCAGACGAGGACGAAGUGCCACGGGACAGCGACGCUAGCCACGCGAAAGGGCAGAGAUCAUUGCUUAGACAGGCCCUGCAAGAGGAUGAACAGGGUCGACAGCCAGAUGUAUUCGAGGAUGAGGAAGACGACGAGACGACACCUACAGCUACGCCUAGCAAACGACAGAUCCAACCACAGAAACCAUACACGCCGCAAACUGGGGGUAGAGAGAAUCAACCAUUGCUUCAGCAAAGGUUGUCAGGCGUCCACGAUGAUAGUAUCUUCGCCAUCGAGCCCUCGCUCGCAUCACCGUUCGGAGGAAGCUACGGUACGACAUGGGGCUCGCUAGCGUCACGGGUCAAUGAGCCAUCUAUGCGGCACGCCGGACGUCUAUUUCGCCAGCAGCAGACGAAAGGCAUCUCCGAGCCAGAUAAGGAGCGAGAGCCAUUGCUUGUCAAACAAGUACAAGAAGACAAUGGCAAGGUGGUGAACGUUGUCGUCGGUCAGAGCACUCUGCCGCAGACCAUCUUCAACAGUGUCAAUGUCCUGAUCGGCAUUGGCCUCUUGGCCCUCCCACUCGCAGUGAAGAUGAGCGGCUGGAUUCCCGGGCUGAUCUUCUUCGCCUUCGCCGGCGCCAGUACAUGCUAUACAGCUAAGCUUCUCGCGAAAUGUGCCGAUGUGGAUACCAGUCUCAUUACUUUCGCGGAUCUGGCGUUCGUUUCUUUUGGUCCUUGGGCUCGGGUUGGAACGUCCAUCCUCUUUGUUCUCGAACUGAUAGGUGCCAAUGUAGCUCUGGUAGUGCUGUUCGCGGAUAGUCUCGACGCACUGAUACCAGGCUGGGGUAAUACGGAGUGGAAGGUCGUCUGCGGCAUUCUUCUCACACCCCUCGGAUUCGUCCCAUUACGCCUCCUAUCCUUCACUAGUAUCCUCGGCAUCCUCUCCUGCUUCGGCAUCGUUAUUGCUAUACUGGUCGAUGGCCUCAUCAAACCCACCUCACCUGGUUCCCUCCGUCAACCAGCACAGACGCACCUCUUCCCAGCGAACUGGAUGACCUUACCAGUAGCCUUUGGCAUCCUCAUGUCCCCCUGGGGCGGCCACAGCGUCUUCCCAAAUAUCUACCGCGACAUGCGCCACCCCUACCGGUACCGACGAGGUGUGAAUGUGACUUACUCGUUCGUCUUCACCCUCGAUCUAUUCAUGGCCGUCAUCGGGUUGAUCAUGUACGGCGAUGGCGUCAAGGACGAGAUCACUCGAAAUGUGCUCACGACCGAAGGUUAUCCGACCUGGAUCGGCGUCUUCAUCGUCGUCUGUGUGGCCAUCAUCCCACUCACGAAAGUCCCGCUCAACGCUCGUCCGAUCGUCAGUACACUGGAACUGUUCAUGGGUCUCGACGCCCGCGCCAUGUCGGAUAGCGCAGCCCUGACCGGCCUCUCGGGCUGGACUCGCGGCAUCCUCAAGAUCGUCAUAAGAAUCACAUGCACCAUCAUUUUCGUCGUGCUGGCCAUUGCGAUACCCGAAUUCGACACCAUAAUGUCUUUGCUUGGAUCAGUGGCAUGUUUCACCAUUUGCAUCAUUCUGCCAUGUGCGUUCCAUCUCAAGCUUUUUGGCAAGGAGUUGAGUAAAAAGCAGAAGGCGUUGGAUUGGUCUUUGAUUGUUGUUAGCACGGUGUUGGCGGUCGUCAGUACGGCGUUCAAUUUCAUCCCGAUAUGA